AUGAAACCAGCAGUGUGGUACACAUGCACACUCAUGGUGGGCUUCUUGUACAUAUAUGUGACGCUCAUCAACUAUGUGAGAGGCGCAGAGAUAUCUGGGCCAGAACCCAGGGUCCUUGUGGGCCCACAGGAGACCAGGAGACAGUUUUCCUCUCCUGGAGACUUCAUCAGCUUCCCCAGGAUACAUGUUCAAUGGGUCUUGGUGUGUUCUGCAUCCCCUUAUGAACACAUGAUUGGGAAGCCUAAUGUCAAGUAUGUGGCCAACAUGCAUGGGAAUGAGGCUGUUGGCAGGGAAGUGAUGCUUCACUUCAUCCAGUACUUGGUGCUGAACUACAAGAGAGAUGAUUAUGUGACAUGGCUGAUGGACAACACAAGGAUACACAUCAUGCCAUCCAUGAACCCUGAUGGGUUUGAAGCAUCUGAUGAAGGCAGGUGUCAAGGUGGCAAGGGAAGGUACAAUUCUGAAGGUUUUGACCUAAACAGAAACUUCCCAGACUUUUUCAAGUCCAAUACCCAGAGGGCACAACCAGAGACUGAAGCUGUCAAGAAGUGGAUCUCCAGGAUUCAGUUUGUUUUGUCUGCCAAUUUCCAUGGUGGUGCCCUGGUGGCCUCUUAUCCUUAUGAUAAUUCCCCCAACUCCAUUUUGCAAUCACUGUCGCGGCCGACGUCCCCGACGCCGGAUGAUGACGUGUUCCGCCACCUGGCGUCGGUGUACGCCACGCGCCACCUGACGAUGCACCGCGGCCAGGCCUGCGACGCCCAAACGCCGCCAUUUCCCGGCGGUGUCACCAACGGCGCCCGUUGGUAUCCUCUAACAGAGGCUGACGUGCCGGCGAGCAGCGACGACGACGACGUGUUUCGACUAUUGGCGCGGACGUAUGCGGACACGCACCCGCGCAUGAACAGGGAUGUCGAAUGUCCAGGGUUUUACGGAGCCAAAGUAACGAGUUUCGACAAGGGUCGAGCAGCGACGACGACGACGUGUUUCGACUAUUGGCGCGGACGGUUUUACGGAGCCAAAGUAACGAGUUUCGACAAGGGCAUCACAAACGGCGCCGCCUGGACGACGUUCAUGGGUUUCCGUAGUCUCAACGGUCUGAAGACCCUUCUUUUGUCUGAGGCCCUGCUGGCCUACCUGGGCCAGGCACACCGUGGAGUCCAAGGUUUUGUGAUGGAUGAGGGUGGUGAGCCAAUUGCUGGUGCAAAAAUGAAGGUUCUUGGCAGAGAAAUUGGCUACAUCACCACCAACUUUGGGGAGUUUUGGAGGAUCCUGCUUCCUGGAUCCUACACUCUUGAGGUGUACAAGGACGGGUUUAUCCCAGUGGAGAGGCAGUUCCAAGUGGUGGAGCAACACCCGACCCUCAUCAACAUCACCAUGGUGCGGACAACGGUAAGAAGUUUCGCCGGGCCCUUGUACACCGGCAGCACCAUGUUGGGCACAGUAGAUGUAGCAGUAGCCCUAGUGACUACCCCGGAACCACAGGCGACCCCUGGCAGUGGUCUUGGUGGUGGUGGUCAAGUUGGUGUUGGCAGCCCUCCUAUUGUAUUCCCGCGAGACGAACGACUCGAGGAGCGUUUCCAGCGCCGACUCGUAGUGGCCAACAGUGGCAACUUCCCCAGAGGGUUUCUCGGGUGAUCCACCAGUUAUCCUUUGUGUCCAAGGACCUGCAGCCCAGUGUUGGGGCCAAGACCCCUAGGAUAGUGACAACACCCAGGCCUGAAAGCAGGAGAAUAUCCUUCAACAAUGUGGUGGCUGAUCAAGUCAAGCUCCCUGAUGUGCACAACUUGGGGAUCCAAGUGCAUGGCUCUGUGUUCCUCUCCUCUUUCCUCUGUGGUGCUGGUGGUGCUUUAUUAUCUCUGGCUGUGAAGACCUUCACCUCUUGAUUCUCACCACUUUGUUCUUGCCAUUCCAAGUCAUUUUUUUUUAGUUAUUCUUGUUUAAGAAUCCCUGGAGGAUUUAGUUGUGCCCCACAAUGGCUGCCACCAGUGUACAAUGUUAUAUUUGUUUCCAACCAUGAUUAUCAUCUGAAGAAAGUUUCAUAUUAUGUUUGACACAGGGUGGCAUUGAAUCCAAGAAACAGUGGUUUUGGCCAGAUGGCACAUCACACUACUUGUCAUGACACUCCCAAAGAGAAAAAGAAAAAAAAAAUUGUGGCUCCACCAUGUUGAAUUUUUUUUUUUACCUUGUGUGGAGGGAACAAGUGUCCUGUGAUCCCUGAAUCCUGAGUGACUGGUUCUUUGACACAUGCCUUCUCGAUCUCGCCUAUUGUAGUUGGUGGAGGGUUUUUAUUUUGUUGUUAGUGUAGGUGUCACUCCUAUAGGAUGACAAGAGGCCUCUUAUAUAAUCUUGACAUGCUUAAUUUUCAAGAGUUUGCAACUGUCAAGAUCUGGUUCAGGGGUUUUUCCAUAGCAGGGAGGAAUGCAUAUAUUUUUCAGGUUGUGUGACUGUGUUUGACUGUAGGGUUGUCUCAGAAAAAAAAAGAAAUAGCUUUGUGAGCAAAAGUAUAUCCAUGAUCAAGGUUUGAGCAUUGCUUUCAUUCUCAAGUUUCAUUCCCAAAAAUUGCAUUCUUGAUGCUUUUUCAAUUUUUAUGAGUCCUGAACUAAUAUUGGGAUUCAAGAGAUUUCAACUGAAUGUACAGAAUUAUCCAGUGAAAAUAUUUCCAGUUGAUUAGACACAUCUUUUUUCUUGAUUUUAUUUGACUGAAGUAGCUUGUUUUGUGCUAGUCUUUAGGCAUGGUUCUGAUUCAAUAUAAUUUAAUGCCCAUGGAAGCAGGGCCAUGAUUACAGGA